CGAAGCUACCAAGUCCCCACUGUCUCCACCCGACGUCCGCCAGCCCUCCGUACUCGGCUUCGCAGUGCCUGCCACUGUCUUCUGCGCUCCCGCGCCGCGUUCCGCCCAGGCCUUGCCCAGCUGGAAUGCAGAGAUCGCCGCCCGGCUACGGCGCACAGGACGACCCGCCCUCCCGCCGCGACUGUGCAUGGGCCCCCGGACUCGGAGCCGCUGCUGAGCCGCGCGGCCUCCCUGUCACCAACGUCUCGCCACCCUCGCCUGCCUCGCCGUCCAGCCUUCAGCGGAGCCCACCGCGCAGCCCCGAGUCUGGGCGCUAUGGCUUCAGCCGCGGGGAGCGCCAGACGGCCGACGAGUUGCGCAUCCGGCGGCCCAUGAACGCUUUCAUGGUGUGGGCGAAGGACGAGCGCAAGCGACUGGCGCAGCAAAACCCGGAUCUGCACAACGCAGUGCUGAGCAAGAUGCUGGGCAAAGCGUGGAAGGAGCUGAACACGGCAGAGAAGCGGCCCUUCGUGGAAGAGGCCGAACGGCUGCGUGUACAGCAUUUGCGCGACCAUCCCAACUACAAGUACCGACCUCGCCGCAAAAAACAGGCGCGCAAGGCCCGGAGGCUGGAGCCUGGCCUCUUGCUCCCGGGCCUCGUGCAGCCGUCUGCGCCGCCUGAGCCCUUCGCUGCAGCACCAGGCUCGGUCCGCCCCUUCCGCGAGCUACCCACGCUGGGUGCGGAGUUCGAUGGUUUGGGGCUACCCACUCCCGAGCGCUCGCCUCUGGACGGCCUGGAGCCUGGCGAGGCCUCCUUCUUCCCACCGCCUUUGGCGCCCGAGGACUGCGCACUGCGGGCUUUCCGGGCGCCCUAUGCCCCCGAGCUGGCACGGGACCCGAGCUUCUGCUACGGGGCGCCCCUGGCUGAGGCGCUCAGGACAGCGCCGCCUACCGCGCCGCUCGCGGGCCUCUACUAUGGCACCCUGGGCACUCCGGGCCCGUACCCCAACCCUCUUUCACCACCACCUGAGGCCCCACCUCUUGAGGGCACAGAGCAACUGGAGCCUACCACUGACCUUUGGGCUGAUGUAGACCUCACCGAAUUCGACCAGUAUCUCAACUGCAGCCGGACUCGACCGGAUGCCACUACACUCCCCUACCACGUGGCACUGGCCAAACUGGGUCCUCGCGCCAUGUCCUGCCCGGAGGAGAGCAGCCUCAUUUCUGCCCUGUCUGACGCCAGCAGCGCCGUCUACUACAGCGCCUGCAUCUCAGGCUAGCCGCUGUCCCUGCCCUUCAGCGCUUCUGCUUGUGGCCAAGCGGCAGGGCCCUGCCUGCUUCCUUUCGCAUAUGUAUGUUAGGCUAUGCAGCAGCCUUUAGAGCUCAUGGCCUAAAGGUACCACUUCUGUCACCACCUCUGUUGUCCCCUCAUUCACACACCUUCUGGGGCCUCCUAUGUGUUGGGCCUUCCCUAGGAACCUCUGCCAGGGUUACGUUUCUGAACCAUCUAGUUCAUUUCUUCUGCUAUGUAUUUUCUAGAAGGACACUGUAUUUUUUACUUUGCCUUUAUAUAUUAUAUAUACAUAUAUAAUACAACAUAUUUAAUUUUUAAUUAAACAUUUUUCUUUAAAAAGGGUUUCAGUGAGCACUAGCAUCCGUGCGUAAGGAACAGCGAUGUUUCCUAUAAACACUGGCCACAGAGAUUACUCUGCUUUUUCCUUAGCUACACAGCUGCCCUCCGUCCUUCCAGCUCGGCUCACAGAUGCCAUCAGCCAUCAGCCUGCAUUGCAUUUUUCCUUCUGCAAACCUAGGCGUUGCCCGGGACAGCAUUCUUCACUUAGGCAGAACUGCAGGGCUGACACCAGUGCAGACACAUUACCAGAUCCCAGCAGGCAUUCCCCAAGAGAGGUGGCACUAUGGCACCCCUACUCCCCCAGGGGACCCGGCUUAGACCUAGUGGCCCAGGCAGUGCUCAAACUUCAUCACAUAUCCCAAAUAAUGGUGUGAGGGCAGCUGUACUUGGGACCCUGUCCUCUG